AUGCCGGCAAUUACCCGCGCUUCGUUAAACCGCGUGGACGCGGCCGGCGUGUGGUUCGACUGCAACGACGGCUUCGUGCUCCGCGUGACCCCCGUCGCGCGCAACCUCUUCCGCAUGCUCUUCCUCCACCCCGGCGGCCUCCGCGAGCCGCGCACCUGGUCCGUCUGCUGCGGCCGCGUGGACGCGGAAUCCGCAUCUGUAGCGCCGCAAUCCGCAGCGGAAUCUCCUUCCGCAGCCGCAGGCGCAGCGGGGGCGUUUCAAGUGCCGUUCACAGGCGAUCUCCCGCAAAGCCCGCUGCUGCCGUCACCGCACGAUCCCCCAUGGGAGGGUUACGACCGCCUGAACAUCCCCUUCGCUCGCAUAGAUUACUCCGUAGAGCAAACCACAGUGGCGCUGACAGAACAGAGCACUCUCCCGCAAUCAGGGAGCACUAUAACGGAGGCUACAGCGCCCCAAGCUCCUGCCGUGACCAUCCGCUCGUCGCAGCUGAUCCUGACCGUCCGUUUGGAGCCGUUUCAUCUCUCGUGGGCCGGUGGGGAAAGAGGGGAGGGGGUUGGGGAAGGGAAGGUGGAAGAGAGGGGUAGCAACGAACGCAAGCAGCAGCCGCCACUGCCACUAUCAACAUCAGCACCACCAGCAUCACAACCACAAGCCGUAGGGCCCGCUCUGAUACCACGGUGGACGCUGGGUCUCCACCUGACCGCCAUGCCGCUAGCCGACGCUCCAGAUGCGCAGGCGCGCAUCUCCCGGUUCCUCUCAGCCGCCCGUUCCACCCACAUGCCUGUCAGUGCGUUCCACUUCGGCUCGGGCUACACCAUGAUCGGUAAGCGCAGAUACGUUUUCCACUGGAACUUAACUAAGUUUCCUGAUCCGCAGGGGCUGGUGGGGGAGAUGAGGGCGGCUGGGAUGCAGGUGGUAGCGAAUGUAAAGCCUUGUAUGCUGAUUGAUCAUCCGAGGUAUGGUGAGGUGGGUGGGGGGAAUGGGUUUGUCUUCUUGAGUGGGGAUGCAGCGAUAGGAGGUGCAGAUGGGGUAAAGGGGAUAGGAGGAGCAGGAACAGGAGUGAAUGUGGCAGGAGGAGGGGCUGGAGGAGGGGCAGGAGUAGGGGGAGGGGGAGGGGGAGCAGGAGCAGCAGGGUCAGAGAAGGAAGCAGAUUCUUUUCCAAAGCCGAGUGCAGCAGAGCCGCCAGCAACAGCUGAAUCUAGACUGCCCGCUAUAAGCCAGUUCUGGGACGGGCUGGGAGCACACCUAGACUUCACCAGCCCAUUCACGAUUGCCUGGUGGCAGCUCAACAUGCAGCGAGCGCUGCUAGAUGUGGGUAUACAGACCGCGUGGAAUGACAAUAACGAGUAUGAGAUCUGGGAGGAGGAUGCGUGCAGUCACAUGUUCGGCCGCCCCGAGCCUCUGUUUCUGCAUCGGCCGAUCCAUGCGCUGAUGAUGACCCGCGCCUCGUUCGAGCAGCAGGUUCGGGCCAAGCCUGGCCGCCGACCCUAUUCGGUUACCAGAGCUGGGAGCUUCGGCAUUCAGCGAUAUGCACAGACUUGGUCGGGGGAUAACUCCACCAGCUGGAAAUCACUCAGGUGGAAUCUCCGCCUUGGUCUCUGCCUCUCCCUCUCCGGUCUCUUCAACUGUGGUCACGACGUCGGUGGCUUUUCCGGACCUCCUCCCGAGCCUGAGCUCCUGGUUCGGUGGGUCCAAGCCGGCUUGCUGCACCCACGAUUCCUCAUGAACAGCUGGAAGCCUGACGGAACCAUCACCUGCCCUUGGAUGUACACCGAAUCGAUCCCAGCCGUCCGUUGGUCUGUGCGGCUGAGAUACCGCCUCAUCCCAUACCUCUACUCUCUCUCCUUCCGAGCCUCUUUUUUUCACGAGCCGAUUAUCCGCCCGACGUUUUACGAUUUUCCUGAGGAUGACCGAUGCUGGAGGGAUGGGGAUGAGCUUAUGGUGGGACCCAUGCUGCUGGCAGCCCCAGUGGUCGAACGCGGGGCACACCAGAGAAAAGUUUACCUGCCCGGCGGGCAGCCUGGGAAGAAAAGAACUGCUGAUUCCUCUGAAACCAAAGCUCUGUGUUCGGGCUGGUUUGACUUUUACUCGGAGGAGUUUUUUCUGCCCGGGCAGGUUGUGACGGUGGCGGCUCCGCUUGACCGAGUGCCGUUCUUUGUUCGGGCAGGUGGGAUAGUGGCGAUGACUGAAAGCACGGUGGAUUUCAGUGGGUUGCAUGAUGAGGGGUCUAGGGUUCUCAGAGUGUUCCCUCCCCCUGUGGGGUUUGCUGCUGGUGCUGCUGCUAGUGGCGUUGGUGUUGGUGGUGCUAGUGUUGCUGCUGCUGGUUCUUCUGCUGCCACUCGCGCUGCUGGCACUGCUACAGCUGGAGCGUCAGGGGAAGGUGGGGGGGAGAUCCAGUGCGUCUUGUACGAGGAUGAUGGGGAGACUCUUAAAGGGGACAGAGCAGAGGUGCAUGUGUGCAUGCACUGGGAUGCACAGAAGGUGGUGGUGACAGUAGCGAUCAUGCAUGUACAGGGGGGGGUUGGGGGAGAGAGUGGUGUGGGUAGCAGUGGGGAGAGCAACAGGGGGGAGAGCAGCAGAGGGGAGAGCAGCAGAGGGGAGAGCAGCAGAGGGGAGAGCAGCAGAGGAGGCGGGUACAGAGUCCCCUGGGAGACUCUCAGGGUGGCUUUACCAGCUGCUGAUACACGCGAGCUGGUGAUCCGGUGGGGGGAUGGAGGGGGAGGAGGCGAGGCGGUGAAGGAUAAAGGGCAGGUGGUUGGAGUGGAGAGGGGUGAUUUUACGUGGCACUCGCUGUGA